AUGGCUUCAAUCACCGUGACGAGGAAGUCACAGUCCUUCGUCGCGCCGGCCACGCCGGCGCCGGCCGAAACGCUGGAGCUCUCUGCCAUCGACCGCGUGCCAGGACUGCGCCACACCGUGCGGUCGCUUCACGUGUUUCGGCACAACCACGGCAGCCGACCCGUCGUGGACGGUGCCAGCAGGCCGGCCAAGGUGAUCCGCACCGCGCUGUCUCGCGCGCUGGUGGAGUACCCCGCGUUCGCCGGCCGCUUCGUCGGCGGCUCGGCCGCGGCCGGCGAGGCCUGCGUCGCGUGCACCGGCGACGGGGCCUGGUUCGUCGAGGCCGCCGCCGGUUGCAGCCUCGAGGACGUGAACGGCCUCGACUACCCUCUCGUGGUCUGCGAGGAGGAGUUGCUGCCCGCUCCGGAGGAGGGUGUCGACCCGACCAGUAUUCCGGUCAUGAUGCAGGUGACUGAAUUCACCUGCGGGGGAUUUGUCGUGGGCUUGGUAGCAGUCCACACCCUUGCAGACGGGCUUGGCGCAGCACAAUUCAUCAACGCAAUCGCCGGGUUUGCCCGAGGCCUAGACAGGCCCGCAGUGGCCCCUGUAUGGGCUCGGGCCGUAAUCCCGAACCCACCCAAGUUACCUCCAGGGCCACCACCAUCAUUCCAAUCCUUGGGUUUUCAGCAUUUCGCCACAGAUGUCAGCUCGGACCGCAUCGCCCAAGUCAAGGCUGAGUACUUCGAAGAGGUGGGUCAGUACUGCUCAACUUUUGAUGUCGCCAUUGCAAAGGUUUGGCAGGCUCGCACUCGGGCCAUCAAGUACAACCGAGAAGCACAGGUCCAUCUCUGCUUCUUCGCCAACACCCGGCACCUUCUCUCACAGGUUCUCCCCAAGGACGGGGGCUUCUACGGCAACUGCUUCUACCCAGUCACAGUGACGGCCACAGCUGAGGAUGUUGCCACAGCAGGAUUGCUUGGCGUGAUCAGGAUGAUUAGGGAUGGGAAGGCAGGGCUUCCUCUGGAGUUCGCAAAGUGGGCAUCGGGGGAUGUGAAGGUUGAUCCAUACCAGCUGAAGUUCGAUCACAAUGUGCUAUUCGUGUCGGAUUGGACGAGGCUUGGAUUCUUUGAGGUUGACUACGGGUGGGGUGCCCCCAGCCAUAUCAUACCGUUUACCUACGCGGACUACAUGGCAGUCGCGGUGCUCGGUGCCCCACCUACGCCGACGAAGGGGACCCGGAUCAUGACACAGUGUGUGGAGGAGAAGCACCUCAAGCAGUUCAGGGAUGAGAUGAAGGGUGUCUUUUAAAUGUAUAAUGCUGGUAUCAUGUCUAUGUUAUGCGUGUGUGCCUGUGUGGUGACUUGGAAUAAAUCUGAGGUAGAAUUUGCUGGUAUGACUUAUGAAAAAAA